AUGCAGGACGCAUAUCCUCACAAUACGAUGGUGUCUUCGCAGCACAACGGCUUCUCUUCGCGAGCAGCGUCAUGCGGCAUCUCCGCCUUGCUCAUGGCGUCCUUCGACCCCAAUACAUGCUCAAGCCAGAACGCCCAAAACACGUUGUUUGCGCCGUCGCAAGCCACCAGCUUCAACCCGUUCGCGGGCGCACAACCCGGUUCACCUGCUCGCUUCUGCCAGACGCAGCCAUUUGCCUCCAAGCAGCUCAACACCAAUCUGUUGCAGCAACAUCACUAUCAACAGCAAUGCCAGCAACGGGUACAGGAGCAAACACCACGUGAGACAUAUGUUGGGCAUCAUCAGCCACAGAGGGCAAACAUGGGCCAGCAACGUUGCUAUCACCAGAUGCAAACCCAUGCUUCAACUCGACAAAACCAUCAACACCAGCAUGCUGUCAGCUUUCAAUCUCAGCAAAUGGUGCAGCAGCAGCAACGAUAUAAAUCCCCCGGGUAUGCACCUCCCUCGCCUGCACUGACGCCACAGCAAACGCCCAAGCAAACGUCAGAAGACGCGAAUGUCAAGUUCAAGCCAUUGAGUGCAACUCAUCCUCAAGUUCAGAAACCGAUGGCCUUUGAUUUCAUCAACACAAUGCAGCAGUUUACUCAGCAAUCUUGCAGACCGGAAACUCCUCAACGUCUAGAUGCGGCUACCUCCUUACCCUCCCCACGGAUCACGCCAACCAAGCGUAUUCAUACCCCACAGGUCAUCACACUAGCUCCCGCUAUACCGCAACCUCAGCAGAAGACAUUAGCGUCUGUACAUCCCGAUACAGCAUGUCGUAACGAGAUAGCCGAACGUGUGCGCCUAGAGAGGGAGCGAAAACAACGAGCUGAACAAUAUGCGAAGCGACGGGACGAACUGAGGAAAGAUACUAGCGCCAUAUACCACUGCUACAGCGAGGUCCUCGAAUGUUUCCCUCUCAGUCGCGGUGAACGUCCGAGCCCAUACCUCGCCGGUCUACUCGCGAACCAGCCCAUACCGGCAGAACCGACUAGUGAUCGAGGUCUCGCCAUACAGUAUGCGAAGCAAAAUUGGCAGAGUUACUGGGAGCUGAAAGACUUGGACUACGUUGUGGACAAAGCGAAGAAGGACAUUGAGAAGAAAGUGGAAGAGCGGAGGCAGACGAUGAGUGAUGCAGCAACCGCACCUAGGCGCUAG